GAGUAUACAUCACUCUGAUCUUGUCAGGGGAAUGUCAGGUGAUUCUAGAAAAGAAUAUUAUGAACUAAUCAGGUUAUUUUAUCAAAGCACAUCAGGUGUGAAAUGAUGGGCUUUCCACUGAACCAAAUCCAAUUGAUUACUUAAAAACGUCCCACCCAUUUAAAGCACACAUAAAAUAGCCUGUUAACAAAAGCCUACAUACACAGUUGGGAAGGAGCAACUCUCUAAAAGAGACACACCAGUUUUUCUUCAGGAGGAUAUCACUUGCUUGACUUGCAGAGACGCUGAAUUUGAGCUGAACGCUUUUGGACUGAACUGGAAAAGAAAUGGGAAACGAGCAAUCAAAUAACAAAGAGCCAACCCAGAAUGGAAAACUUCCCGAGAAGCAUGAAAAUGGAUCAGUGAAUGGUGUCUCAGCAAACAUGACAUUUAAUGGACUGGAGGUUGAUGUGAAUGGUGGGAAGACAGUCCACGGAGAGGUUGAGGCACCUGAGCCUGAUUUUGUGGUAGUGGAAUCAGACAGUGAACCCACUGAGGCCCAACCUAUUUCUGAAAUACCAGAACUCACCAUCCCAAAGGAAGAGGUCAAGAAAAGUAAAUCCCUUUUUGGCAAAAUGUUUAAAAAGAAAGACGUGACUCCACCACAACAAAAAGAGACGACGAAUGAAGAUGAAACGGAUGUAAGUCCUGCCGUUGAAGCACAGCCGGAAACAGCUAACCUAAAGCAAGACUCAGAAUCAUUAACGGAACCAGAAAGUGUGACUCCAGAACCAGGUCAAGCGGAGGAAAACCUUGAAACUGACAACGGGAACAGUCAACCUGAGGAGAACCCAGAGGAGGAAAAUAAUUCAGUUAUGAACUUCUUCAAAACACUAGUGACUCCUACUAAAACAUCCAAAAAGGAAACAGCAACUCCAGAUGCCAAAAAGGAUCAGGAGCCCCAACCAGCAGCAGACACUACUGUUGCACAAAUAUCUGAACCUCCUGCAGCGCCCAAAGGAAUGUCUAUCCCACCACCACCUCCUCCAGAGCCACCAAAAAUGGAAAUCAAAGGAGACCCAGCUGUAAAACCCGUAAAACCCUCUCCAAAAGAAGAACCAAAAGCCGCUGCAAAGCAAGGAAAAUCAGCCAAAGAUUCUCUGAGCAGAUUCUUUCGCUCGAAGUCAGCCAAGGAGACACCACAGGCUGCAGAAGAAGCAGAGGUAGAGCCAGGAGAGGAGGAGCCUGUGGUGGAACCAGAGGCAGUAGACGUCCAGGUUGUACCUCCAGAGACAGCAGAGAAUGAGGCACAGAUGGUAGAUGGAGAACCACAGUCUGCAGAGAAAGUGGAUCCCUCAAAAACUGGCACUCUGGAGGCUGCUGCAAAGCCCGAACCACCACCACCUGUUCAGGAAGAAAAGAAUACAGCUCCAACAGUAUCCUUCUUUUCUCUCUUCAAGCCAAAAGCCGCUGAGCCUAAGAAGGAGGCCGCAGCUGCCCCGCCUGUGGCAACAGAGGCUGCACAGGCGGUUAAAAUCAAGGAGGAACCCAAACCAGUGGCCAAGUCAUCAGAGGUAGAAAACAAACAGGCCUCAGUGGGAUCCCAGGCUGGAGAGGAUGUAGCCAACAUUCCCAAAAAGGAGAAGAGGAACUCAGUCCAUCAGUUGUUUAAAUUCCUGGGUCAAAAACGCCAUUCUACAGAUGCCGGAGUCCAGACAGAGUCUAUCACUGUUACAGCAGAGAAGGCCAAAUAAAACAACACUGAAGUUUCCCUGUACAGAGAGAUACUCUUACUUUAUCUCACUCGUUCUCUCAUCACCCCCUUCAUUCCCUUGAAUUACUUUAACUGCGUUAUUGUUUUUUUUUGUUACAGCAUAGAUGUUUAAAUGUGAAUGGAAACCUUAGUGGGUGAAAGCAGGUGAAAACUGUUGUCAGAGCAGGUGGAAGAACUAGUUUGGAAUGAGGUUGUUCAGAUACAUGUAUAUAUAUUUUAUUUUUUUGGUCAUAUAAAUGUCUUGGAAAGUAUUGCAAUAUGAGUGUGAGACCUUUUCUAUAGACAUUUGAUAUGCCUUUUUUUUCUGAUCUCGCAAUCUAACACAAUGGGCUUAUGCAAUACACGGACCCACGCUUUGCUUUUAGUUAUUAACUUGUCUGAAACAUUUAAAACCAUAUUCUCAUAUAGGUUCUUUGAUUGUGCUAUGAUUAGGAUUGUGUUGAUAUCAAAUCAUACUGGAAUAAAGUGACCAAAGGGAUACAUUUCAAAUGACAGGAGUGGGUUAAUUUAACAAAUUGUACUAGAAAUAGAUUAAAUCUACAUAACCCAUGUGUGGAUUAAAGCGCUAACACACCUCUGGUAUCAUAUCAGUCACAUUUGGGCCCAUACAGAAAAUCACAAUCUUUAUAGUGCUCUGAAUGACUUGUUGUAAGCACGCAAACAAAUGCAGCUGAGGCGUUGUUAUGGAAAUAUGUCCAGGUCGUACGUCACUGUCUUCAUAACUUGCAGCCAAAUAGCUUUUAAUUUGAUAGCAGCACUUUGUGUCAAGUGACUUAAAUGAAGUUGUGUGGCGUUUGUCAUCCGUGUUUGGCAUGUGUGCAAUUGAUAUCAUGCUUUUGUUUGCCUACAUGUGUGCCUGUCUGUGUAACCUCAGUUAUCUUGAAGACAAUAAAUAUGUUUGUCUGCCCCCUCAUCAGUCGACUCGUGAAAAAACAAAUAAAGACCCAAUCGAGCUUCA